AUGUACACUAUUGUAAUUACAUUAAAUGUUUCAGCUGCAUUAUUUUUUGUCACUUACGACUGGAUGAAGGACUGUCUUCGUCCUAGGAUUCAUGAACGCUACCAUUCCAUGAUCUAUAUGGGUGCUGCAUCCGUUGGAGAACUAGUGGCGUGUCUGGUAAGAGUGCCAGUAGAAGUGAUAAAACAGAGAAAACAAGUUUUCAUAGUGGAUACAAAUGGAUUAGGAGUACGAUUAUUGUAUCGGGGUUAUUGGAGUACAGCCUUAAGAGAUAUGCCAUUUAGUCUUUUGCAAUUUCCUAUAUGGGAAUAUUUGAAGAAUACUGGGAGCCAUAGAAUCAAUAGAGAAUUAAAUCCCAUGGAAGGAGCUUUCUGCGGAGCACUAGCAGGAGGAAUAUCUGCUGCUGCUACAACACCUUUAGAUGUUGCGAAGACGCAUAUUAUGUUAGCUAGUAGAGUAUGCAACCCUCAAGAUCUUUCGAUAUUCAACAUCUUGAAAAGUAUAUAUAAAGACAAAGGAAUAAAAGGAUUUUUCGCUGGUUUCGGGCCACGUGUGACUUGGAUUACAGUGGGUGGUUUCGUGUUCUUUGGUGUAUACGAAGAGACAAAGAAACUCAUCUGCUGUUGGAUCCCUAAACCAUCAUCAAAGCGGAUAGCGAGUAAUUGUUAAUGCAACCUAUUAUUAACCCUAUGCACUCGAAGCAUUUUUCCCCCCGGACGAACCAGUAACUCGAAACGAUUUUCCGUAUACUUGGUGAAUUUCAUACAGCUUACUUAAAAUUAUUUAACUUAUUAAUUAACGAAUACAACAAUUAUGUAUUAAUAUUUUAUGUACCCUUACAUAUGAAAGAAGAAAAUUUGUUCAAUAUUAAGGACCGUAUUGUUGCUUUGUAUGGUAUUUUAUGACAAUCGCCAAGAUGCAUCCUCGGCUUGUCGGGGCAAUUAUUUCAGUAAUAUGUUGUGUGAUGUCUUUCGACAGGUUUAUUUCAUUGAGAGCAAACCUUGCAAUCCUACUUACUCCUGUUAGAAUGACAUAUAGCUUUCCAUUCGAUCGAAUUUUGUCGAAACUGGAGGUUGAAGUAGAAGCUCGAGCACGAGUCUGGCGGAAAUCUUCUCUUAAUUGGUCAACCAAAGCUUUUUCCAUAUUGCAGACGACUAAGCGACUGUUCGUUUCUGUACUUUUUUUAUUGAUUUGUAAAGAAUAUAAGAAUUAACCGAACAAAUCUCUAAACCUCUUCAAAAAUAGCUCAAGCCACCAUUUCAAGUACUUUCUUAGAAAACCGUAUGUGGAGGCAUAUUAGUCCGCUCGAUUAGUGCCGCCCAUAUAUUUUAUAUAGUUUAUGAUAACAUUGGUUUUUUUUUUACAGUAACUUCAACACCACCUCGUAAAAUCCUUAUUACAGGAGUUAUUCCCGUAUUAUUUCAAGUGGUCAAAGAUCUACGGAUCGUUUUGUCUUUCCAUGCUAGAACUAAAGUAUUACCUUUGCGGUAUGCUACCGUGGAUUUCUUGUAGAUUUUUUUUUAUUAGACAUGGCAACUCCUGCCUAUUUGGUAGAAUCGUCCCAGUUAAUUGACAAGGGGUAUCGCUCUAAACAUUGUCAAAUUAUACGCGCGCGCACACCCCCCCCCCCCACACACACACCUUACUGCCGAUCGGGUUUCUGCAUCAAACCAAAUGGUGACCAAGAGUCACCUCUCGAGUUGCCGCAACGGACCAAGUGGUGACUGAUAGUUACCUCUCGAGUGCGAAAGGUUAAUGGUGAUAGAUUUUAAACAUAAUGAUAUUAAUUGUACAAAAGUAUAUAUUGUUUUUUACAUAUUAAUGAGCAUAGAAC